AUGUACAUUCUUGCCAUUGAAUCUCACACCAGACCAAGUAUGACGGAUACUAUGUGCCUGAAGAAACUACACACAACGUUACUGAAAACUCCGACGGCUGACUACCGGUUUCGCCCUUCUUGGGGUUCACCAGCUAGGUGCUGUCUCCGAGUUUCUGUCAACCUUAUGUUCCACUUGAACCCGAAUUGGACUGAUUUCGACAAACACACUCAUUCGCAAAUCAAUUUGGUUUUCACGAGAUACUCAGAUGAAUUUUGA